ACAUUUAUUUAAAUAGUGUUUAUUUUAUACAAUUCCAUUUAAUCUACACUAGCUGUCAAUGCAGCUAGAGAUCAUUAAUGUUCCCAGUGGGUCGGGCACAUUUAGCGUUGAGCUAUUCCGGGCUAUGGUUAAUGCAACACACAACACUUCGCAGUGCCCUGGAAGCUCAAAGUAACAUAUUUUCAACCAGACGGACGAUUUUCGGUGGCAUUUAGGCUAUGCAUCAUGGUUUAACGGUUCUGCUUGACAAUGACCAUAGCAUACGUCGAUAGUUAUUAUAACGGAAAGGCAACUAGACUCGAGAUAACUCAGCUACCUGCUAAGGUACCUGGUGGAUCCCCCCCCCCCCCAACACACCAUGACCCAGCACCGCUCCAUCCAUCUGUUCCGGAAGGGCCUGCGUCUCCACGACAACCCGUCCCUGGUGGGGGUGUUGGAGUCGUCGGAGUUUGUGUACCCCGUGUUCAUCCUGGACCGGGCCUUCAUGGAGGGGGCCAUGCGUAUCGGGGUGCUGCGCUGGAGGUUCAUACUGCAGAGUCUGGAGGACCUCCACCACAGGUUGCAGGCGCUGGGCUCCCGGCUCUACGUGGUCCAGGGGCCCUGCCUGGGGGUGCUGCGGCGCCUGGUGGCCCAGUGGGGGGUGACCCAGCUCAGCCUGGACACAGAGGUGGAGCCCCACUAUCUCCAGCAGGACCAGGAGAUCCAGGCCCUGGCCGGGGAGCUGAGCCUGACCCUGCGCACCGCCGUGGCUCACACGCUCUACGACGUCCGCAGGAUAGUGAGAGCCAAUGGGGGCCAGCCUCCCCUCACCUAUAAGAAGUUCCUGAAGGUUCUCUCUGGUCUGGGGGAGCCCAGUCAGCCUGCCAGAGACAUCACAGCCGAGGACUUCCAGAAGUGCCGUCCACCGCUGGAGGAAAAGGGCCGGUGCGGGGUGCCCUCCCUGGAGGACGAGGGCCGGUACGGGGUGCCCUCCCUGGAGGACGAGGGCCGGUACGGGCUGCCCUCCCUGGAGGAGCUGGGCUUGCACACAGAGCACCAGGUGCUGUGGCCUGGAGGAGAGACCCAGGCCCUCCAGAGGCUGCACACACACAUGGAGAGCCAGGGGUGGGUGAACAACUUCUCCAGGCCCCGGACUAUUCCCAACUCCCUCCUACCCAGCACCACCGGCCUGUCUCCCUACCUGGCCCUGGGCUGCCUGUCCGCCCGCACCUUCUACCACAGGCUCUCCAAAAUCCAUGCGCAGUCCAAGAACCACUCGCUGCCCCCCGGGUCGCUCCAAGGGCAGACGCUCUGGCGCGAGUUCUUUUACACCAUCGCCUCGGCAACGCCCAACUUCAGCCUGAUGGAGGGCAACCCCAUCUGCCUCCAGAUCGACUGGGACCAGAGGAAGGACCUGCUCCACAAGUGGACGAUGGGCCAGACGGGCUUCCCAUGGAUCGACGCCAUCAUGACCCAGCUGAGGCAGGAGGGCUGGAUCCACCACCUGGCCCGCCACGCCGUCGCCUGCUUCCUCACCAGAGGAGACCUGUGGAUCAACUGGGAGGAGGGACUGAAGGUGUUUGAGGACGAGCUGUUGGAUGCAGACUACAGCAUCAACGCUGGUAACUGGAUGUGGCUGUCUGCCAGUGCCUUCUACCACCAGUUACCUCGCAUCUUCUGUCCUGUACGCUUCGGCCGGCGCACUGACCCCACCGGAGAGUACCUCAGAAAGUACCUGCCAGUACUGAAGGACUUUCCGUCCAAGUACAUCUACGAGCCGUGGAAAGCCCCGGAGGAGGUGCAGCUACAGGCUGGAUGUGUCAUAGGUAAGGACUACCCUCUACCGGUUGUGGACCACAAGGAGGCCAGCCAGAAGAACCUGGAGAUGAUGACACAAGUCCACAACCAACAGGAGAGCACAGCACGACUAACAAGAGACGUGGUGGACGACCCCAUGAAGAUGCGUCUGGAGCGGAACGACACCGUAGAGGACGAAGACGGCACGCCUCCCACCAAGCAGCGCCGGCCGGACAGAGAGCAGCGCGCCGCGCCAGGCCGGGAGGCGGACACUGACGACGACAGCAGAGACACCGAGUGACCUGCCGCCUCCCCGGACCGACUGUCCAACAAGCACCACUCUGACAAGCACGUCUUCACAUAGCCUUCCAUCGUUAGUGGUUUAGAAGCUGGCGUGAGAGCAGCGGACUUCUCCCUACUGAGGACAAACAGAGCAGCGUCCAAACCAUCUGGGUCUUUUUUUUGUUUUUGCACAAAAAUGCCAGUUGUACACCCCCUUGUUAAAAGUCGUGGACUGUAGGAGUGUGGUCCUGCUUGUGGGCUCCUGAAGUCUGGGAUGUAGGAGGGCUCACCCUGAAGCUGCCAGGAGAACCCGUUUCUGCUCUUUGCUUUCAGACAGUCUGAAGUCUGCUCGGUAACUGUUUUAUUAUGGGCUUUUCGACUGUUUUUGUUUGGGAUUUUUGGGGGCAGUUAAUCAGCCGUCUAUAUAAAGGACACAAACUCGGGACUUCCUGUCACAUGACUCUUGGCUCGGCGACCAAACUCUUGCCUGGAGGCAAACACAGAACUUGGAGAUGCUCAGAUGUAAACUCGGUAAUUUGCAUUCAGAACAAGAUAAAAAAUGACGACGAACAACAACAAAAAAAGUGGUGCGAAUUGCCAAAUCUUAAAGGAGGUUCACCUUAGGAGGUUAUUUAACAUUAAUAUGAGUUCCCCUAGACUGCCUUUGGUCCCCCGGUGGCUAGAAUUUUCGAUAGG